CGAUAGAAGGCGAGGAAACAGAGGCAAUAUUUGCAUUCUGGUGUCAGUGCCGUACGAUGUAGGAGUAUUUACACUCGGCUAUCACUCGGCUGAACAAUUUUCAUGCUGCGUCGUGCAGAGUGGCUAAUCAGCUGUCAACAGAGCUGUAUCAACGUGCACGUCGUCCUUCGUGGACGAAUCUAGCACGACCAGCUUUUGCUUCAACUACUUAUUUCAUCGGUGGAAGUGGUUCCGCGUACACGGCUAGCGUGCUGGCUAGGAAGCGUCCACGCAGAAUGGUUUCGAAUUGCGGCUUCAAGAAGCUGAUGCAAGGCGACGGGGCUUUGAAGAACACCGUGCUAACCGUCCUGGCAGAGACCAUCGGCACCUCCAUGCUGGUGUUCGUUGGUUGCAUGGGAUGCGUCGGCAGCUUGGGAGUCAUCCCUUCUCACUUCCAAAUCGCUUUAACCUUUGGUCUCGCUGUGAUGAUUGUAAUUCAGUGUGUUGGGCAUAUCAGCGACGCACACGUCAAUCCUGCCAUCACGGUGGGGUCAGUAGUGCUUGGAUUAAAGACCAUUCCUGAAGGUUUCGUGUACAUAUUGGGCCAAAUGGUCGGUAGCAUCCUGGGAUUUGGCAUGCUGAAGAUGGUGACUCCGUCGGGUCGCCUGACCAGCAAGACCCAGGACGACAUAGGCAUGUUUUGCGUGACUGAUCUACACGCAGACCUAUCGGCCAUUCAGGGUCUGAUGCUCGAGGGCAUUUCCACUGCUAUACUAAUGCUGGUCGCGUGCGCCGUCUGGGACAGUAGAAACGCGAAAAACUCCGACUCGGUGCCAAUUAGAUUCGGCCUGACAGUCUCUGCCCUUGCUCUCGCGUUCGGCCCUUACACGGGCUGCAGCAUGAACCCGGCCAGGUCGUUGGCACCAGCCCUGUGGAACAAUCAGUGGACCCAUCACUGGAUCUAUUGGUUCGGCCCUAUCGGUGGCGCUCUUCUCACAUCCUUCAUGUACAAGACCAUCUUCGGCGUGAAAGUCGAUAGCUCGCAGGAGGAACCUGUCCCAGAAACUAUGGCGUUGAAUAGCGUGGAAAUCCAGAAGGCAGAGCCAUGAUACGACAGUAAGAGGGCCAAUCGAAAGCGUCCAGGGUACGAGUCGAUCGGCACUUUCUUCGAGAAACCACGAGAGAUUAAGCGUUUAACGGAGGAUCUGGACGGAUCGAAUGGAGCCUGAAAGGCGAUACACGAUCACCCGGCCGUGGAUCAUCGUGUACCGUCACUUUAGAUCUUUUAUACCUCCGUUUUGUCUCGAUCGUAUAGCGCUCGAACGAUCCGCGGAAUCGCAAGACUGCACUUCACAGAAAUCAUUGCCUCUGAGCGUCGUCCACGCGCGACCACGCCAUCUUUGUUUAGAACGCGUAUAGGUUAUGUGCAUUCCAGCCGCGUUAGUCUCGACAAUUUCGCGAUUCAAUGAUCUGUAUGUACAAUACAAUGCUCGUUACAUUGGAUUCGCUGUUGGGAACACACAUUUCAUUGUUGUUCACCUUCUUUCUUUCUUUCGAAUACUCCGUUGAUAUGUUUUCGUAGCGCUACCGCGUCGUUGCUUACACGCGACUUAAGGAUACGUUAAUUAUCGUUGUAUAUAAUUGUUAUGAUAUUUUUUAUAGUUGUAUUUACUCAUGACGAUGGAAAAAAAAUAUAAUCGGAUAAAAGUAU